AUGAGCGCGCCUCCGCCCGGCCUACCAAACGGCCAGAAUUCGAAUGGCCAGCAACCCCAGCAGCCUGCGCAGCCCGGCCAGCCACGCCCCCCUCCGAUCAAGCGAAGACCUCGCGGCGAUCCCCUCGUUGCCCGCAAACGACCCGGAGCUCCGCGACCAGCUGCCUCGCGGCCCCCGCCGGGGGGUCUGCAGACUGCGUCGGGAGCUAGGCCGUCACCCGGCGCAUCGGGCCACCAUGGCCUACAUCGACCCGAAACCGAAGAAGAUAUCAAGGCUAGACGAGCCGCAAACGGUGGCUGGCUCGAUCCCGCGCCUCAGAAUGUGAGGGAGUUCAAGAUCGUGACGACGAAGAAGGCGUUGAGGGACGGCGUACGCCACCACGUCAUGAAACUCUCGUCUGCCAAAGCCGACCUCGAAAAGAGAGGCAUCGAUCCUACAAACCAGGAGGAGUUCACCCGACCUGUUACUCUUCAACGACGCGACCCGCGCCAACCACCUCCGGGUCGCGAAGUGAAACAGGAACAAGCCGAGCCGCAGCCAGUCGACGAAAAGGAAGCGGAACGACUAGCACAACUCAAGGCCGAGCGUGAAGCCGUUCGGGCUGUUGAGCUAGCAAAGAGUGCGCCUAGCCUGAAGGACCCCAACGCUGACAAGAAGCCAAAGCCAAAGGAAAAGGAGAAAGACGUCCAGUUCCAUCGACAACCCAGAUCGGAGAAGGAGAAGAAGCAACAGGAAUUACGAUACGAGGAGGCACUUCCUUGGCAUCUAGAGGAUGCUGAUGGCAAAAAUGUCUGGGUGGGAUCUUAUGUUGCUCCUUUGUCGGAGACCACAGUCUGCUUCGUUGCUACUCGCGAUGGCAAGUUUGCUGCUGUCCCCUUGGAGAAAUGGUACAAAUUCACCGCCAAGCCUCACUUCAACACCAUGAGGCUCGAAGAAGCCGAGGCUUUGAUGAGCAAAAAGACAGACAUUGGGCGUUGGUACAUGCGGGAUAAGCAGAAGAAGAGCGAGCAAGAAGAGUGGGAGGCCACAAGACAUGCCCUCUAUGGCCCCGCCAGAAUCAAGACGGAAAGUAGCACCUUCAGAGCGGCUUCCAGGGAAGAAAAGUUGGAUCACGAUCAGAUUGACAUGGAGGGCGACGAGUUCCAAGAUGACGAUGAGAAUCCUGGCUUGGAGCAGGACAACGACGAGGAGUACAAGGAGGCAAAUGACCGCAUUCGUCGCGACCAGCUUGGCGCCAACCUCUUCGGCGAGGCUGAUGAACGCCGAGUUGAGAAGGAAAUGAACGAGCUGAAGAAGGCCGAGGAGGAGCGCCGUAAAGAGGGUAAAAAGACCCAGAAGGCUCUCAUCAAGCGAGAGAAGGAGACCAUCUACCAGUCCGACUCCAGUGGCUACGAUCCUUUUGAAUCCUCAUCGAGCGAAGAUGAGUCCGAUGAAGAGAAGCAGAAGGAAGAGAACAAAGACAAGGAGAAAGAAGACGAGAAUAAGGACAAGGAUCCAGACUCAAAGGACAAGACAGCAUCGGGCAUCUCCUCCAAGGGCAACACAACUCCGUCUGGCCGACAGAAACACACAGAUGCUCUUAAGAAGGGCAAGUCUUUGAAGCGUCCAGGAUCUCCCAACCUGUCCGAAUCUAGCGGCAACGAGUCAUCGCGGAAGAAGCUUAAGAAGCAUGCUGCGGCUUCAGUGCACCAAAGUCGAUCGUCGACGCCUUCGGCUGGCCUGAAGAGCAACUUGGGCAAGGGGGCCAUGAGUGAUGGAGAAGCGACCGGGGGUGAGAUGUCAGAUGGUCAGUUGAGAAAGAAGAAAAUCAAGCUCGUUGGCAGCGGGGCGAGAGGUACACCUGUCGGUUCGAGGGCCGGUAGUCCCAUGCCCGCCACAUCUGUGUAUGAAGGUUCCAAGCCCGGUUCGCCUCUCCCUGAAGGUUCUCCGGCUCCACGUGCUGGAUCGCCCAACGGGCCUAUUGAGGCCUCCGAGAUUGUUGACGCCCUGCCCGAGUUGCCUGGUGGCAUUAGCAUCGGCAACCUCAUGAGGAGGUUCCAAGGCCGUAUUGGUGACGGCCCUGGUCAAAUGGACCGCAAGGAGUGGAUCAAGCUCGUCAAAGCAAACUGCGCUUACGGGCCCGACAAGAUCCUUCGACGCAGGGCGACCUAG